CUUUUAAAGAAACACUUCAAAUGUUUAAUGGUGAAAUUCGAGCCAGUUAUUCGGACUACAAUCUCCACCGAGAAGGAAAAUAGAUAUUGCUAAGCAAUGGAUUUCCAAAUAAGCAAAGACAUGAUGUUAAUUGAUGCAGUAGUGAAGGAGGAAUAUAAUGUUGAGGACCCGAAGGAUAUUUUUGAAAUUGAACUUGAAGAUGCGGAACCCCAAAACUAUCAAGGAAUCUUCUGCGGUUCCUGCUCACAGUUCUUUGGAGAUGAACCGAGCUUCGAGGAACACCUGGGUGUCCACUCAAGAGAAGCUCAAGACAGCUACAAUUUCCAAAUGAAUUUUCACCAAGAAGCACAGACACAAAAUUUCCUCAGUGCAGAUCAAGUUUCAGAACAAAUUCCUCAAAAUCAUCCCGCUGCCAAGCCCAAGAAGACUAGGAAGAGGAGGGCACCGGGCCGCCCGAAGUGUCUAAAUUGCGGAAAGAAAUUCUUCGAAGAGCAUGAACUUGAGGAGCAUAAGAAGAGUCACAGAAAGCAAAAACGCGUCCAGUGCUCAAUUUGCUUCCGGGAAAUGGGAAUUAAUGUUCUCAGUCGUCACAUGAAUGCCCAUGCCUGCCAAAAUAUGUACCAGUGCAAUCAGUGUCUUGCACAAUUCACCACAAUGCAGGAACGUAACAACCACGUAAAGAAGCAGCACUGGGAUCGACCCAAAAUCCCCUGUGAGAUCUGCAAGGCAGUCUGCACUUCAAAGAGCGAUUUUAAGAAUCACAUUAUAAGUCACUUUAAAAGAAGCUUCUAAAAAGCUGGUCCACAGAAUUGCUAAAGUCAAUUUAAAAACCAAAAUAUUUAUUACAAAAAUGUAUCUUUGCAUCCUCAGAAUCGGCAAUCCUUUUGUUAGAGCAAGAAGCUCCAUCAUUUCCAUCCAUCUGAAUUAUCUGCGGUAUUACUAGCAGUAUCAUAAGAUGUAAACGUAGUAUGUUCAAGCAAAAUAAACGUGAUGAAUUAAGUGCAUAAA